GCGAUGGUGGCCGUCGGCGACCAAUUCCCCGACGUCGUCGCGCAAUCGCACGAGCCCUCCUGGCCGACGCCGGUGAAGAUGCGCGCGCGUCUCGCCGGUAAAAAAUCGCUCGUCGUCGGCCUGCCCGGCGCGUUCACGCCGACGUGAUCGACGUGUCAGGUCCCGGGAUACCUCGCGGGGCAGGACGCGCUGCGCGCGAGCGGGAUCGAUGAGGUGCUGGUGAUGUGCGUGAACGACGCCGCCGUCAUGGGGGCGUGGGCGAUCGAUCAAAAGAUUCAAGGGUCAAACAUUUCGUUCCUCGCGGAUCCGAAUUCGGUGAUCACGAAGGCGCUGGACGUGGAGCUCGUCGCGCCCGGACCGUGCGCGAAGCUCGGACCGAAGCGAUGCAAACGCUUCGCGAUGUACGUCGACGAUGGGGUGAUCAAGGUGCUGAACGUG